CCCGCCUCGGCCUCCCCCAAGUGCUGAGAUUGCAGAUAAAACUCAUCAGUGCUUUGAAACGAGCAGCUCUGAACCAAAGGAAUCAUUUGAUUCAAGUAACCAUUGGAUCUUCCCAAGGCAAUGGUGAAAGAAAAGAAAGAAACAGACAAAAGAGGGAACAAGUCGGCCCGCUCUCCCUCAUCUCUCUCUGAUAAUCUAGACUUUCCCAAACAAGAUGGCAACACCACUAGGCAAGAGAUGUCCCCAGCUGGCGUCCCGUUGCUGGGAAUGCAGCUUAACGAAGCGAAACCCAAAAAAGACCCCCGAAACGUUCAGCAGAAUGAAGAUGCCACCCAAUACGAAGAGUCCAUUCUGACCAAACUCAUCGUGGAGAGCUAUGAAGGGGAGAAGGUUCGUGGGCUGUACGAGGGAAAAGGCUUCGCAGUCUUUCAAGGCGGUUGUACCUAUCGUGGUAUGUUUUCAGAAGGACUCAUGCAUGGACAAGGGACUUAUAUUUGGGCCGAUGGAUUAAAAUGCGAGGGCGACUUUGUGAAGAACGUCCCAAUGAACCACAGCGUGUACACGUGGCCGGACGGCAGCAUGUACGAAGGCGAAGUGGUCAACGGCAUGAGGAACGGGUUCGGGAUGUUCAAGUGCAGCACCCAGCGCGUGUCCUACAUCGGCCACUGGUGCAAUGGCAGGCGGCAUGGGAAGGGCUCCAUUUAUUACAAUCAAGAGGGUACGUGUUGGCACAAGGGAGACUGGGUGCAAAACAUCAAAAAGGGCUGGGGAAUAAGAUGUUAUAAAUCUGGAAAUAUAUACGAAGGCCAGUGGGAAGACAACAUGCGCCACGGGGAGGGGAGGAUGAGGUGGCUGACCGCCAACGAAGAGUACACCGGGCGGUGGGAAAGGGGCCUCCAGAAUGGCUUUGGAACACACAUGUGGUUUCUAAAGAGAAUCCCCAGUUCCCAGUAUCCCUUGAGAAAUGAAUACAUAGGGGAGUUUGUAAACGGACAUUGUCAUGGACGUGGCAAGUUUUAUCACGCCAGUGGAGCCGUGUAUGACGGAGAAUGGGUUUCCAACAAGAAAUGGCACGCCAGUAAUGACAUACCAGAUGAAGAAAUCCAUUCUCCAUUUACAACAAUACUUCUGAGAACAUUUUUGAAUUACCUCCUGCAUUUGGCGUACCACAUUUAUCACGAAGAAUUCCAAAAGAGAAGCCCAUCGCUCUUCUUGUGUUUUACAAAACUGAUGACUGAGAACAUUCAUCCAAAUGCCUGCCAGAUAAAAGGCAAUUUAUUCCGUGAGCAACAGCGGACGCUCUACUCUAUGAAUUACAUGAAGAAGUGCUGGGAGAUUUAUCUAGCUUACUGCAGACCCCACGCAGCGCCUCCCCACGAGCCUACGAUGAAGAUGAGACACUUCCUCUGGAUGCUGAAAGACUUUAAAAUGAUAAAUAAAGAAUUAGCAGCUAUAUUUAUGGAGGUCAUAGCAGAGGAUAAUCCUUUCAUAUAUGAUGGAACUGACAGCAGCUUUGAACCUGAGCUGGUUUUCCUGGAAUUCUUUGAAGCUCUCUUAAGCUUUGCAUUCAUCUGUGUUACUGACCAAAUGACUAAAUCCUAUGCGAAUGUUCCAACUGAUGAUGUGUCUGGAAAUAAACCGGAAACUAUUUAUACAAUACUAAAUCAGGACGCCCAGAGCAAGAGUCCCAGCGCGGUCCUGAGCCACGAAUCGGAUGCUGCUCACUCUGACAGUGCCAGGUCAUCUUCCAGCAAGUUAGAGCUCUGGCCUGAUGUUAACAAAAUAAGGAAAUCAGAGCCCAAGAUCAAGAAGUCUCUAAGUGAUGAAAGAGUCUCCAAAAUGAAUUUUCAAUCUACUGGAAAAGGGGUCACCUUUUUUUCAUCUGAGAGCGGCUGAAUAUGUUUAUCUUGAGAGAGGAAGAAGCCAAGAGACAAGACUAUGAGGUGGACAUCAUGGUGAUCAAGGAGCCGGUGGACGUGUCAUCCUCUUAUCUCAUACUGGACCCUCCCAAGGAGGACGUGACCGUGU